GGUUGGUCUCCUUCCUAAACAACUCGUGACACAUUUUAUUUUUACAACAGACCAAAAAAAAAAAAAAAACCUCCCAAAGAAACACUUGAUAGCGCCGGCACAUGUAUUUCACGGGGUUGAAACCCCCUCGUGAAAAAGGGUAAAGAUGGAUAAUUCCGCAGCUGAAGUUUGAGCAGAAGCCUCACCAUGUGGAGAGUUCACGGGUUUGUCGGACGAGUUCUGCAUCGUUACCAUGGCAGCAACACUUUGCGUCUGCCCCAGAACCACCAUGUGGAGGACGAGGUCAUCAACGGCUCAGCCGUCCUCUCCACGUCUCGACACUCAUCUGAAAACAGCUCCCAGAAGGAGGGCGAUGGGGAGAGGAAGAGGAAACAGCGGACCUUUCAGUUUGGAUAUGCAGAGCUUCCACGUUACACAGCCCUGGAUGCUGUGGGAUGGGGUGCUGUUGCAGUCCUGUUCAUGCAGAUCUGCAGGAAGCUUCACUCCAGCUUCUCCUCAAGCACGGACCCCGGUCCGAACCCUGGAGCCCUGACUCCACACUCAACUCUGCAGAAAUGUGGCUACCGCAUCCUGCAGGAGAUUAUAUCUAAACGAGAUGUCCUCCCCCAAGGACAAAGUGUGUUGUGUCUGAAGGGAGUGUCGGAGGGCCAGACUCAGAGUUUAGAUCAGUGUUCGGCUCAGAGCAGCAGCAGCAGCAGCAGCAGCAGCGACGGUCCUUCCCGCAGCAAAGAGCAGCUGACCGAUGGCAGUUCCAUCUCUGACCACCAGAGGGAGCUCCUGAUCCAGAAUUCACACAGACUUGAGGACUCUCUUCUGUCCACAGCCUGUCCCCUGCAGAGUGACGCCAGCCAAGAGAAUACAGAGAGGAGAGACGAAGAGGCCUUGCUGACUGACGAAGAACGGCUUGCAGAAGCAGCACUUAACCUCAGACGUGUGGGAGAAACCAGCGUUCCUAUUAUCCUCAACAUCAUUGGGCUAGAAAGUGCAAAGAGUGAGAAGUAUAAAGAAGCUUUCUGCUGCUUUCACGCUGCAGCUCAGCAGGGCUACAGUAAGGCCCAGUUUAACACUGGAGUGUGCUACGAGAAAGGCAGAGGAGUCGGCAAGGACAAGGAGAAGGCUCUCUAUUAUUAUCAGCAGGCAGCUGUUUCUGGCCACAGACAAGCUCAGUAUCGCUUUGCUAAGCUGGUUCUGACCAGCAGGGGGCAGCAGACCGAGGAGGAGAUGAACACGGCCAUCAGUUUACUGGAAGAAGCUGCUGCAGCUGGACUCACCAAGGCUCAGAUGUGCCUGGCCUCCGUCUAUUUUCAGGAUCCAGUCAAAUAUGGCUGCAAGUUUGUCCAGUAUCUGAAGAUGGCAGCAGAGAGCGGGGAUGGCACAGCCCUGCUCUUCCUGGCUCAGUGUUCUGAAAGCGGCUUAGGGGUCCAGCAGAACUUGAACACAGCUUCAGAAUUGUACAGACGAGCCGCUCAAGCUGGCAACAAGCUCGCUCAGAGCCUACUGGCCCCUCUUAAUAAAAUCCACCGUAAAGAAGAGGCUACGAUGCGCUCCAUCCGUUCAGAUCCAUGCUUCUCCUCAGUCAACAGUCGGCGCCAGUCACCACUGUCCUCUCUGACUGGUUCUGCUCUUCCUCUCCUCCCUCACUCGUGGAGCACCGGGAGCCUGGCUGCCCCCCUGUCUCUGUCUGCUGCACCUCUGCACCUCCACCCCCCGGCCACAGAGAGGGCAGCCUGCCAGUGGACCUUGGGGAUAGGAUAAACUGUAUACUUAUACAGCCAUAGUGAGGAAUGUAUUUCAUAAGGGAGUGUACUUUUACUGAAGGGAAAAGGGCAGUGUGUUAAGUGUGUAUGUUUUUGUGAAUUCUGGAUAAAGCCAAUACCCUUUAUACUUGGGCAAUUAUGUGAGUGUAGACCAGAUGUGGGGGUUUUUUUUACGUCUGAAAGUAUUUUGAGCAACAGUCGAACACUAUUACAUGCAGCAUCAGAAAAUAAGUUAUCCUCCAUCAGUUUUUAAUAAAUGCAUUUGUCAUAAGGUGCCUUUUAGUUUUGUCUAUUUGUUCUUAAAGGUAUAGUCAGUAAUGUUGGAGCGCUAGCAAGAUUUGAAAGUGGCACCUCCUCUAAGCCCCGCCCCCUCCUCCCCCUCCCGUCAGCGCUCCGUCCAAAGCCACGCCCCCACAAACUUUGGGGAACGCGCAUUUACAGGAGUCGAGUUUUCCAGGACAUUUUGGACAGCACAUUUUCAACAAAACUACCCCAUGUCUCAUUCACCUGUAGGCGAGGCCGGUUUUAGGGGGGGGCAGGGGGGGCUGUGCCCACCCAAACGUGCGUCCUGCCCACCCAAUCAAAGUUAUGGGGAUCCUUUAUUUUUUAUAAUUUUAUUUUUUUAUAAAUAUAAAAAAAUAUCACAGAAUAUCUGUACCGUUUCUGAUUGGGUGGGCUCUGCGCAUCAUUUUUAGACACAACAAUGAACGCAUACCGCAAAAGUUGUGUCUCGGCGGAGGGACCCGACGUCCCAGCAAAAUGAGCACAACAGAGAAGUUCAGAACAGCACACACUGAAGGCUGAUUUAUGGUUCCGCGUUACACCAACGCAGAAUGGUGCGCGUCGCCGCGUACCCUACACCGUACCCUACGGCGUAGCCGUGGCAACAGAGCCUGCGCUCUCCGCCCUCGCUGGGAUGGAGACGCCUCCAUCCCCAUGGACCCCCAUACUGGUGCCGCAGAAUCGCACUUUGGCUUUCUUUUUUAGCCUUUUUAGCAGGGCGAGUCGUUACAAGUAACACUGGAGGUGGUAUUUUUGGCUGCGUUUUCUCGUUUUCUACGCUAUUCUUCAGCAAACGUGACUCGAGUGUGUGAAGUUUUCUGGCAAGAUUUUCGACGGGAUGAGUUCGCGCAUGGGACAGAGGAGGGCGUGGGCGGGACUUAAAAUGAAGGCAUCUGAUUGGUUCUUUCCCCCCUGCCAAUCCUCUGGUCCUCUGACCAAUCCGUGCCACUCGGUGUGCAAAAAACAGAUUGGUCAGAGUUUUUACAGGAUUAAAGCUGUCAGAGAGGUCAGAUUUUUUUUCUUUCCUUUUUCUGAACACGUUAUUCACUGGCUACUCUCAGGAUGGAAGGACCAUUUCACCCAGUAUAACUAUAAAUAUUUUUAAAUACGAUCACAGACUAUACCUUUAAGUGAAUGAGGAAUACAUCUUAAAAAGUAAAAAAAACUGUUGUUACAAUAGGUUAACUGUUGUUGCACUGGUGUCACAUAUGUACCUUACAUCUUACAGUUUUUUGUUGUUGUUUUUUAUAUCAGUUUCAGUGUUAUCUUUUAAUGUCUGGAUACUUGAUAAUUAUCCAACUUGUUGAGGGUAUGCCUAAGAUGGAUAUGAUGGAUUGUGAUGAGAAUUGCACUGUUAAACACAUAUUGUAAAGUUGAGUAAAGUAAUAAACAAUUUAAAAAGC